AUGCCAAGCACUAAUUGGAGAGAUUUACUGGCUAAUCGAGAUCGGCGACAAUUCCCCGAGGUGGUUGUGCCUCUUGAGAGUAUUCCAAUGAAAACAAAGACCGAUGCAAAUGACUGCGAGACUAAAGACGUGGCCUCUAUCCAAGAAAAGGGCGCCACUGCUGGCCACGGAUAUACUACGCUGACUCUAGAGGUUCUUCGGGCUGAGAUUUUAUCCGAGGUGGCUGCUUCAGGUCGCGAUACUGCUUAUGAUCGUAAGUUCAAUGUUGCAGUGAACUUGGAUGCAAUAGCAAAUUGCAAAGCAAAGGUCAUCAACAGAGCUAUUCAGGAUAUUGGCAUGGGCCGGUAUCAAUGGGGUCUGUUUGUCUUGUGUGGAUUCGGCUGGAUCGCUGAUAACCUGUGGCUACAGGGAGUUGCACUGACACUUACCCCGAUCGCCGAUGAAUUUGGCAUCACUGGAAACAAUUCUCGAUUCGCUACAUGUGCCCUCUAUGUUGGUCUAAUCAUCGGUGCUUCAUUCUGGGGUAUUGCUUCUGAUGCUAUUGGUCGCCGCCCUGCUUUCAACAUGACACUGUGUAUCUGUGGUGCAUUUGGCCUUGCUGCAGGUGGUGCACCCAACUGGAUUGGACUUUGUGCCUUAUAUGCCUGUCUAGGUCUUGGCGUUGGUGGCAAUCUCCCGGUUGACGCUGCAGUCUUCCUCGAGUGUUUACCGCCAAAUUCGGCCAGUAUCCUGACUGGCUUAGCUACCUGGUGGUCUGUUGGCACGUUAAUCUCCAGUAUGCUAGCCUGGGCUUUUAUUCCCAAUUUCUCUUGCGCAAGUGCUGCUACCUGUACCAAGGCAGAUAAUUGGGGUUGGAGAUACCUAGUCCUCUCCCUAGGCGCCAUUACAUUCGCCAUGUUUCUUUGCCGUUUCCUUCUAUUCACCCUCUACGAAUCUCCCAAGUUCCUAGUAUCCCGCGGCCGUCAAGACGAAGCCGUCGCCGCAGUCCACGGAAUCGCCUAUAAAAACAAAACCACAACAUGGCUCACAGUGGAGAUCUUAAACGAGAUCGGAGGCCACCCCGAAAAAGACGAGAAGCAAUCACUAUCCACCAUUGAUAUCAUCAAACGUUCCCUAGAAAGAUUCUCCGUCCAACAAGUCGCCCCGCUAUUCGCAACAAAACGACUUGGAAUAUCCACCAUCUUAAUCUGGUUCUGCUGGAUCUGUAUCGGGUUAGGCUACACUCUAUUCAACGCCUUCCUCCCCCAGUACCUAAGCGCAAACUCUUCCACCUACAUAACAUACCGCAACUACGCCAUAACAGCCGUCUGCGGAAUCCCAGGCCCCCUCUUUGCAUGGAUCCUAGUCGACAACCCCUACCUUGGCCGCAAGGGCACGAUGGCAGGCUCAACUGUUAUAACGGGCGUCCUUCUAUUCUGCUUCACGGCAUCCAAGGAUCCAAAUGUCCAGCUCGUCUGUUCUUCCCUGGAAUCUUUCUUCCAGAUGGCUAUGUACGGUGUUCUGUAUGCGUAUACGCCUGAGAUCUUCCCUGCUCCGAAUCGUGGUACCGGAACCGGGAUUGCUAGUUGCUUGAAUCGCAUUGCUGGAUUGAUGGCUCCUAUUAUUGGCAUUUAUGCUAGUACUGAUCCUGUUACGCCGAUUUAUGCGGCUGGCGGGCUUAUUUUGGCUGCUUUUGUUGCGAUGGUUUUCUUGCCCAUUGAGACGAGGGGGAAGCAGUCGCUUUAG